GCUCCGGAUGUUCCGCAGCCCCGGCCGCUCACGGGUGGAGGGUCCUGGGGCCUAGGACAGUGCUCUGGAGAGGGAGGCGCUGGCGGGCCGUGGAGCGGCCGGGUCUGGGGCCGCGAGGCGCGCGGGGGUGGGCGCUGCAGCCGCGGGUUGUUUAUCCGGAGUACGGAGGGGAGGGGGGAGCCUGGAAACCGCCCCGUGUCCCAUUUCCUCCUCUUGUUUUCGCUCCGGAUUCUCCAUGUUGGACCCAAACUGAGGAGCCCGGAGCUGCUGCCGGGGGAUCGGGGCCGGGGGCACCCGGGGGAGCCGCUGCCCGGGCCGCCUGCCCUCCAUACAGGCCGCCUCCCUUCCCGGCCCAGGGAGGAAACGAGAGCAGGGAUGUGAACAGCUGUGGGAGUCCGAGUCUCGGGAGCCGGAGCCGGAGCGGGCCCCCGCCCAGGCCCCCCAGCCCAGCCCAGCCUGCGCGCCCGCCGGUCCUCCCGCCCAGCCAGCCCGGGCCCGCGGGAUUGUUAGAUGGAACACGGCUCCAUCAUCACCCAGGCGCGGAGGGAAGACGCCCUGGUGCUCACCAAGCAAGGCCUGGUCUCCAAGUCCUCUCCUAAGAAACCCCGUGGACGGAACAUCUUCAAGGCCUUUUUCUGCUGUUUUCGCACCCAGCAUGUUGGCCAGUCAAGCUCCUCCACUGAGCUCUCCGCAUACAAAGAGGAAGCCAACACCAUUGCUAAGUCGGAUCUGCUCCACUGUCUCCAGUACCAAUUUUAUCAGAUCCCAGGGACCUGCCUGCUCCCAGAGGUGACAGAGGAAGAUCAAGGAAGGAUCUGCGUGGUCAUUGACUUGGAUGAAACCCUUGUGCAUAGCUCCUUUAAGCCAAUCAACAAUGCCGACUUCAUAGUGCCUGUAGAAAUUGAGGGGACCACGCACCAGGUGUAUGUGCUCAAGAGGCCUUACGUGGAUGAGUUCCUGAGACGAAUGGGGGAACUCUUUGAAUGUGUGCUCUUCACUGCCAGCCUGGCCAAGUACGCCGACCCAGUGACGGAUCUGCUGGACAGGUGCGGCGUGUUCCGGGCCCGCCUGUUCCGGGAGUCCUGCGUGUUCCACCAGGGCUGCUAUGUCAAGGACCUCAGCCGCCUGGGAAGGGACCUGAGGAAAACCCUCAUUCUGGACAACUCGCCCGCCUCGUACAUCUUCCACCCAGAGAAUGCGGUGCCCGUGCAGUCUUGGUUUGAUGACAUGGCAGACACUGAGCUGCUGAACCUGAUCCCGAUCUUUGAGGAGCUGAGCGGAGCAGAGGAUGUCUACACCAGCCUUGGGCAGCUGCGGGCCCCUUAGCCUUCCCUGCUUCUGAGCAAUGGCCCUCCCAGUAGGGGACUUUCCUACACUGUGCCUUUAUGAUCAGCCUGAUGGAGCAGAAGCUGGAGCAUCUCACCAAAUGGGGCCUGGAAAAGAAGUGAUUGGAAAGGGCUUUAGGACAGGAUAGAUGCGGAGUGGGCACAUACCAGACCAACGACACCCAGAGCUGCCUGCUCUCUGAGUUGGGUUCCCAAAUGUGUGUGUGUGUCUGUCUGUGUCUGUGUGUCUCGCCCUGAACUGUGGCCCCAGGAUGUAAGUGUUUAGGUGGAGGGAGAAACUGAGAGAUCGAGACUCCCCAAGUUAGUCUGCCUCCUCGCCAGUCACCCUGAGAACCCCCGAACUGGUAGGGACGGAAACUGUCGAAGGCUCUGUUGCCAAACCUAUGGCCUUUCCUCGGUGUUACAAGGCUCAUGCCAAGGAGAAAGGGCGAAUCAGAGGCUGCCUUCAGGUGUCCCAGGCACACCCCUUUCUGAAACCUUUCUCCAGCCAGCUACUGCAGACCGAACGACAUUUCUAGAAAGGUGAGAGCUUGUUUCCAGAACCAGCAGCCCCAGCGGCCAUCACGUCCAUGGUCUGAGGGCUGCCCUUGCCUCCAGUCGAGUGCCUGGCAUGGGCUCCGUCUGUGUCUCCCCACGGCCUGGGCGCCGGGCCUGCCUUCCUCACUACCUAGCCAUAGUCUUGAACCUGGGGGGAAGGACGUCUUCUCCCUGCCCUGGAAGAAGACAGAUAACAUUUCCGUUCUUUGGACUCUGUUUUAAAAUUCUCUUUCUAAACCUGGAGUGUUGGGCCUGUUCUGUUUCUGACAAAGCUGCAGUCCCGGGCCUGAGAUGAAUGUGGGAGGCCCUAGUGGUGCAGGGGGGAGGAAAACCCCCAAACCAUGAGUGUGUGUGUCCCGUUGGCUUGUAGAUGAGCUGAGCAUGGGACUGCGUCCCUAAGUCUGCUCUUCAGGGAUUCUCUGCUGGUGCUGGUGCGAGCACUUCUGUUCCAAAGUCCAGGAAGGGCGCUCCGAGCCCGGCCCCUCCUGUUUCUUGGGCAGGGCUCGUUCCUGUUGUCUCCCCCAGGGCCUGGCUUGUGCCUCUCAUGCCCUGCUCGCGUCUGGUCCUCCCGCGCUGUUGCUGUUCUGCUCCAGGGCCUCAGAGGCACUCCUGCUUUUCCUGGGCUCAGGGCAGUGGGUGUUCUCAUCCUUUCCUUUGCCACCCUAAUACACAUGCGUCCUGCCUCCCUUAGCAGGUGUGAGCGAGCCCUUUCCACACCUGCGCUUUGCGUGUCUCUCGCUUUCAGAAUUUCGUAGUGAAUGCUUU